AUGGCUGCUGUGAUGGGCCAUGGAGGUGACGUGGUGACGAGCCACUACAUCUGUUCCAUGGAGGUUUUGGUGAUCACCAGAUCAAUGCGUUGGAUUGAUGCUUUUGACCACUUCUUAACAAAAAAGCAUAAAAAACGAUCCGCUGGAAACAAAGAAUGUCGAAAGAAGCAAGUAGUUAAGAAUCGUAGAGGAACGUGCAACUACAGUAGUGCUUGUUUUAAGAACAAUUUGAAUAGACUUGAAGUAUUUCGUCGUGGGCAUGUGAAUAAAAAACGGGAAUUUGUUGAUCCUUUGGUUGAAGACCAAUAUAAUGUUUUAGCUGAUGAGGUUGGUUUACAGACUCAUCACAUAGCCGACUCUAGUGGUGAUCCAGACACCAUUGAUUCGAUAGCAAUAUUUCAGAAGGUGUUAGGUGCUCGAAGGGGGCAUGUUAGAGGCAUUGGGCCUAAACCUUCUUCUUCAUUGGGUACCAGUGCUCCAUCACAAUGGCAGUCAUAG